AUGGCCGACUCCCUUACCGAAGAGCAGGUUUCUGAGUUCAAGGAGGCCUUCUCCCUCUUUGACAAGGACGGCGAUGGCCAGAUCACAACCAAGGAGCUGGGCACCGUCAUGCGCUCUCUCGGCCAGAACCCGUCCGAGUCGGAGCUGCAGGACAUGAUCAACGAGGUCGAUGCAGACAACAACGGUACCAUUGACUUCCCUGAGUUCCUGACCAUGAUGGCGCGCAAGAUGAAGGAUACCGACUCGGAGGAGGAGAUCCGUGAGGCCUUCAAAGUGUUCGACCGCGACAACAACGGCUUCAUCUCGGCGGCUGAGCUGCGUCACGUCAUGACUUCUAUUGGUGAGAAACUCACCGACGACGAGGUCGACGAAAUGAUCCGCGAGGCCGACCAGGACGGUGAUGGGCGCAUCGACUACAACGAGUUCGUCCAGCUCAUGAUGCAGAAGUAA